UCUAGUUAGAUUUGUUGUUCCGUCGGAUCUUUGCUCCUCGUGGCUUAUUCCGACGGACUUUUUACGUCGUGAAACUCGCCUCUUUUGAGGAUGAAACUGCCGCAGACGAUAUGGAGCAAAGUUUUAGAGACGAAGAUUUAUUUCUUGAUACAAAGUGAAGGAUAAUGUCUCAGGAGUAUGGUUGACCCUGAUAAACCUCAGAGAGUAGGUGACUACUUUGUAGUAGCUGGCCUUGGUAAUGGCAAGUCAACUCAGAAUGCUAUACACUUGGAUGAUGACAGGCAUAUUUCGGAACCAAUCACAGAUGUUACUGUGAUAUUCAAGAGUUUAGGAGAAAGACCCCCCAAGGGAUACACUUGUAUUGACAAAACCCCUGCUGGAUUUCCUGCUGAUCUCAAUCAUGGCUCCAUAAGACAGCCAUCAUGUUACCUCUGUGUUCGUAGAGGAACAGACAAACCUCCACUGACUGAUAUUGGAGUCCUUUAUGAAGGAAAAGAGCGCUUAAUGGCAGGAUGUGACUUUGUGACGUGUACUGAAACAGGAAAAUCGGCUAAUGUCAACAAUGGUGGAAAUAGAACAUUCAUCACUUAUCGCCGAGCACCCCACAGAAUGGCUCACUCCUCACUGGCUGUUACAGAGAUUUGUGUUAUCAUAGCAAGCAAGAACGAAAAACCACCACAUGCAUUUUGCUUGAUUGACAGGAAUCUAAACAAGGGCAUGGUGGGAUCUGAUGUGUAUCUUUGUUACAGAAAGUCAUUAGCAAGACCGCGCUCCAUCAUGUACCCUGCAGAGGUUCUCAGUCGAUUCCCUGUGGAAGACUAUGAAGGUUUUCCUCUUCCAGAUACAAUCCCAAUGUUUUGUCUUCCUCAAGGAGCAAUUAUUGAGUGCUGGCCAGAAAACUCGCAAUAUCCCCUUCCCUCUUUCUCCACAUUUGUACUCACAGGUGCUUCAGGACAAAAGAUUUAUGGAGCAGCGGUGACAUUCUUUGAACUGCUUCCUGAGGAGCAACUAACAGAGGCAAGAAAAAAAGCUUUAAAGCUGGAUGAUGAUGAUGAAAAUUCAGAAGAAGGGAAGAGAGUUGCUCAUACGAACAAGUGCAUGUGUGUGUUGUCACACUGGCCAUUUUUUGAAGCUUUCAAAAAGUUCCUGUCCCAGUUGUAUAGAAUUUCUCUAUCAGCACAGCCACUCCCCAUUGAAAGGUAUAUUGCAAUUUUGAUGCUUGAUGUUCCUUUUCCUUCUCCUCAAAGACCAAGAAUUCUUGUGCAGACAAGCAUGUAUGAUCCAUUUGAAAUCAGCCAGCUCUCUCACACUCCUUUGCCAGUCAGUGGUGCAUCUUACAUAGCUAUGCUUCGUUACCUGCAUUCAGACAAUGCCAUGCUGUUGUUCUAUCUUGUUCUCACUGAACACAAAAUUCUGAUCCACUCUCUGCGACCACCUCUGAUGACAAGUAUUGCUGAGGCAAUUACAACACUUCUGUUUCCCUUUAGCUGGCAAUGUCCCUAUGUUCCACUCUGUCCACUGGGACUGAAUGAUGUUCUUGAUGCACCUUGUCCAUUUAUUGUGGGCAUUGAUUCACGAUACUUUGAUCAGUACGAUCCACCAGAUGAUGUCACUUGUGUUGACUUGGAUAACAACACUAUUUCACUAGAGAAUGAAGUCAAAGGGCUUAGCUGGAAAAGUCUUCCAAAGAAACCGGGAAAAGUCUUACAUGAAAGACUGAAUGAGCUUCUCUAUCAGUUAUACCAACUGUUUCGUAAGGAAAGAGAAGCUGUUGAUGUAGAUAUCGUAGAGCCAGCCAUUGAGUUAGCUCCGCUGGAUCAUGACACUUCCUAUUCAAGAAAAAGGCUUCAACUAGAGGUAGCGAUUCAAGAUGCUUUCCUACGAUUUAUGGCAACAAUACUGAAAGGCUAUGAGGCUUUCUUAAAGCCAAUUACUUCAGCACCUACCCAGGAGACGUGCGAUCUGACGUCGCUGUUUGACUUGGAAGGUUUUCUGAAGAGUCGUCCAAAUGCCCAAUCGAAGUUUUUUCAGAUCUUAUCAAGGACGCAGAUGUUUAGCCGGUUUAUUGAAGGGAGAUCCUUUGUAUCAUCACAAGACUCUUUGUUAGCAUUCUUUGACAACUGUUUAGAAAAGCUGGACCAAUCACCAGACUGCCGCCUUGUCGAAGUAGAUGAAUCAGUUGCAAGGGGUGGUCAGAGGACGUACGUUGUCACACCACCAGAUGUUUCCAACAUGGAUAAAGGGAAGUUGUAUACGUAUCCAGUGUUUCCAGUUUUGAAUGUCGAUCUGAUGAAGCCUGAGAAGCUUUCUGUUCAUGCUCAGUCUGUCAUGACGCCUCCCGUGUCUCCUGUGGCCAGAAGAACAAAAGCAGAAAGAUAUCAGUCUGUUUUGAUGGCGAGAAGGUACGCUGGAAGUCCCAUCAGCUGGGCCAAGUGCCUGUUAGCACAUUGUUACAGUCUGUGGUUCAUUCAUCUCCCCGCGUAUGUAAAGUGUCAUCACAACAAGGCCAAAGUGUUACAUGUAGCUCUUGAGAUCUUGUGUAAAAUGAAGAAAAAAGGCGUCAAGUUGCCAGAUGAGGUCUGCUAUCGAGUGCUGAUGCAGCUAUGUGGACAGUAUGGUCACCCAGCCUUAGCUGUGAAGGUCUUGUUUGAGAUGAAAAACCAAGGAAUAACACCGAAUGCUGUCACGUACGGCUACUACAACAGGGCUGUAAUCGAGGGCAAAUGGCCGUCCAACACGACCAGUUCUCACAUGUGGAAUAAACUAAGGAAUUUCUUCGCCGCUGUAUAUGAGCUUCAAAGACUAGCGAGAUUAGCAAAGAAUAACAAAGGAGAUUCCUUGUCCCCGACGGAGUCAAACAACGACUUGGAUCUCUUAGACACGCCUAGAAGAGCGACAGUGAAAAAAUCCGACCGAUCACGCACUCCGUCGCGCGAGCGCGAGAAAGCUUUGUCACGCGAGCGCUUGCUUGACUUAGGAGAUUCGAAUGAUGGUGAAGGUAGACGCACACCAGAUAGAGAGAUUAAAUCUCGACGCGAACGAACAAUCAGCGAAAUGUCCUCGGCUUCUGGAGCAGCGGACAUUCUGAACCUGUCCACUAACUCGCUGGAUGGUGUGCCUGCCUCCACACAAAGGAAACGGCGUUCGAACGGUAGAACUGUCAGCGAAACGUCUGUGUUAUCAGCUGCGCUGAAUGAGGGUUUGCAGCAUUCCUCGUUGUAUGUCAAUGCUAACAGUGAGGACUCUGAUCCUUACGAGUACACCACCCGGAUGUUGGAUGAUGUCAUUUUUGGUCUUCCUGCUGGUCUACAGCCUGACACUGCACUGGAAGCUGUGCUGUGUUCGUGUAACCAGUGCACAAAAUGCGGGCGAUAUCUUUACGAUGAAGACAUCUUGGCUGGCUGGACAGCGGACGAGUCCAACCUCAACACUGGAUGCCCCUACUGCCACACUCAGCAGGUUGCAAGACUGACAGUAAAGAUCAAGGAUUAUCGGAAUUGUUUUUCAUCGCAUCCAAGUUCGGAGUUAUCGUCGAGUAUUAACAGCUUCGGAAGUUCCGAACUGCUGCCGGGGAAUGGCGAAGUGGAGCCGACCUCUGGACCGCUCAGCAACUCAGUGCCUUCCACGAUUGAAUCUAAUCUUAUUAAGUUCUCCAGUCCCACGCGGCCAAUAAGUGCCGUUGCAAUGUCUCCCCCGGCCUCUAAUCCCGUCCCUAUACGGGGUAGUCACCAUCGAAUGCGCCACAGCAUCAGUGCACCGUCAAGCGCUAACGCCAGUCCCUCGGGGAGCUUGCAUGGUAGCCCGAGGACUGGAUCGUGGUUUCAGCGCAUGCGUAGUAGCAACAGCACUUGUAGCCAUGGAAGCACGUGGUAUGUGUCCAGAGCUCCAGAAGAAAGGGAUAAUAUUAUGGUGACUUACCUUAAUCCUUUGGUCUUAAGAAAAGAACUCGAAAAUAUGUUUGAAAAUGAUGGCAUCGACAAACUACAAUCUCCUGAAGUCGUGCAAACGAAACCUGACAUCUUUUGGAAUUUGGUUUGGUAUUUUAAGAGGCUUGAGCUGCCCUCGCACUUAGCAGAUCACGUGUUGUCCACAUACCCCAGCAACGAAAGAGCCGAUAGAUUCGAGGAGCGGCGCAGUAUCUCAGGGCUUGGUACCCAGAUCCUUGUGUCCACUUCGUGGGAUGGAGACAGGGAGGAAUAUGACACGAUCCCGUUGUACGUCCAGUGGAAUGCGCCAGCGGAUCAGCAAGGAUCAUUGCAAGACAAAGGACUUACCACUAGGACUGUAAUGCAGUCUGUAGUGGCUCAUAUUAAGAUAAACGACGUUUACAGCCCAACUUUGAUGCUACUGGAGGAACGAAACCGGCAGAAGAACAUCAACCCAAAUGCAAAAUGGAGUGUUUAUCGAGAAUUGCUGUACUUGUCACUGACAGCCUGUGGGGCAGAGAACGUUGACGUCGAUGCCUUCGACAAAGAGUACAGACGAGCCUAUAGACGCCUGUUGGAGUCAAAGAACCACUCAGAUCUGUUGUGUUUGGAGGACAAAAGCCCGCAAACUCGUGCAGUGUUCUGCAGGCGCGUUUUUGAUACACCCGCACUCCAACCCAGGCUCCCGAAACACCUCGUCAAUAGCCUCACGUGAUCUGGAAGAUAUUUACCUCUGUGGAGUCUUCGGAAGGCUGGUACUUUGAUUUGUAUAGAUGUUCAAUCCUCAGAUUGAGAAGGACGAGAUCUCGGAAUCCGUCAGUAUUUUUUGUAAGAUGGUGGAACUGGGUAUUGUUUCCUGACGUAUGAAAUGUGUUGCAAUUGUCCAUAUGUUGAAAACCACUUUGCAAUAUUCGGUAAAGGAAGAGGGCGAAAACAUUUAACGAAAGCACCAUUAUAAGAUUAUCAGAAUAUUCCUGUUUGGCGCUACCUUGACUGCUAAAACAGUACCAAUGGGAACGCAUUUUUAUAUAGUUAACCUCAGCAGUGGUUUUGAACACUUUACCUUAGUUCGGGACUAGCCCGACAUCAAUGUUGAACUAGUUUUGUAUUCAACGGCGGUUUUAAACUUGGAAUUGUACUAUUACGUUUUUAUCUUUACCCAAUUCAUUAGCAGUAAUGUGGCUUUUUGUGCUUGAAGACGCGCGCGGCUUAUAUUCACACGUAAUUCUUUGCUGACUAGGUGUACUUUUCAAACUUCACCUUGUGGGGUUUUAAGGCAAGUCUUCAUUUCCAAUAUUUUUUCAAAGGUAGUCUUUCACAAUGAAUUUGGUUUUUUUCGCUGAGCAAAAGUUCAAUCGAGGCUUAAUAAAUAUUUUCUUAAAUUCGUGGGUAGAUAUUUAGGAGGAAAUAGAUAUACUCGGAAAGACAGACGUGUCUUGAUUUAGAGACUUGUUAUUUUUGAGCGGUCCGAAUGUGCAACUGUCUUGACAUGACAGUCAGAAAAUUUUAUUUACAAGGUCAAUCAUUGCAGCACGAGACUGUCAUAAUCUGAUUCUAGCUGAUUGCGUCGGCAGCUGGGAGCAAACUGUUUUUCUAGCUUUACAUUCACAAGAUGUUUUCUGAAGAAUUGUAACUUGCUCGAGCAAAAUUUAUUUACCACAAAAUUAUACCAAAAUAAAAGCAAAAAAAGGUAACAAGAAAUUCUAAUUUAUGUUUAGGAAUUAAAACAUUUCGGGGAAAAGUAAAUUUUUCUAAUUGCUCGGGCCAGCCUGAUUCUUAUCACUUUCGCAGAUUUUAUCAACCAACAAUUGUGAAUCGUUAAAGCAUUAAUAUAUUUUUAAUUAUUUAGCAAACUUUCCGCGCUCAACUGUACGCUAAACAAGUCGCAAAAGAGUAAAUUUAACUUGUCAUGUUUUACAAUCGCCCGGAACAAUCGACAGAAACGUGGCUAUUCUGUGCCAAUUUGGAGGAGGCUUGAAAAUUCAAUAGAAGGAGUUUUGUAGAGGUUAAAAAAAUGUCUUUAAGUGGAUGAUAUUUUGCAUCAAAAGGCGAGUCAAUGUAAUCGUGAAAAAUAAUAUUAAGUUCUUUUAAGUAUCGCUUCCAAGUAUUAUUAAAAAAUCAGAUUGUAAAUACAAAUACAGUCAUUGUUUAGAAAUAAUUGUACAGCGCUCUUAACUUGUGAAAAGUCGCAUUGUGAACACUCGUAUUUGUCAGGGUGCAAUAAAACCGUAAAUUGUCCUUUUUAA